AUGUCUCCGAAGCUGAUUGUUGUUACAGGCGUCACUGGCAUCCAGGGAGGCUCAGUGGCCCGCUUCCCCGACUGGCGUGUGCGAGGCAUCACUCGCAAUCCAGACAAAGCCUCCAACGCAUCCCUACGCGAAGCGGGCAUCGAGCUUGUAGCUGGCGAUUACGACGAUGUGACGUCUCUUGAAAGAGCUUAUGUGGGGGCUGAUGUUAUCUUUGUCAACGAAAUCGCUUUCGAGCGCGAAGUCCAGCAAGGCAAGAACGUCGCCCAGGCAGUCUCCACGCAAACGUCAACUUUGCAUAGAUUCGCCCUGUCCACUUUAAGCGACAGCAAGUGCUGGAGUAACGACGAAACUCUCUGGAACCUACACUUCGACGGCAAAGCCUGCAUCGCCAAUUACCUGAAGCAGACGUACCCAGAACGCCGCAAAGACGAGCUACUUCCAGAUCGGGGUGUACCUCAGUAA